UAGUGUUGCACAUACCCAACUUACUCAUCUCUCUGUCUAUCUGUCUGUUUGUCUCUCUCUCAGCUAUAAGAAUCAAUCUUCCCGCCCGCUCUCUGCAAGCAAAGCGCCAUUACCUCUUGGUUUCCUAUCAAGACGCCAAUCAAUCCAGCUGCUGCUGCUGCUACAGGAAUGGACGGUCGUGUUGAGGAGAACGGCCAUGGAUGCCACGGCGGUGGUGAUGUGUCGGAGUGGAAGAAGGUGGCGGAGCUGAGGGCCGUCGCUGAGGCCCAGGACCCCGCAGCCAAGGAAGAGGAUGACUUUGCAUUGCGUCGGUUCCUUCGAGCCCGGGACCACAACAUAAGCAAGGCAACAGCCAUGCUCCUUCAAUACCUCUCCUGGAAACGCUCCACCAAACCACACGGAUUCAUUUCAGAUGAUGAGGUUCGUGGCGAGAUCGCGAAGAACAGGGACUGCAUGAAGGGUUUUGAUCGCCUAGGCCGCCCCUUGGUGUAUCUCUACGCUGCACGCCAUUUCCCGGUCCGGCGCGACUUUGAGGAGCUGAAGCUCUACGUUACCUAUGUCCUAGACAAAAUAUGCACCAGGCUGCCGGUGGGGCAGGAGAAGUUUGCGGCGGUGAUAGACCUGGGUGGGUGGGGGUACUCGAACUGCGACAUUCGUGGGUACCUGAUGGGGUUGGAAAUCAUGCAAAGUUAUUACCCGGAGAGGUUAGGGCGGGUGUUUCUAAUUCAUGUGCCCUACAUGUUCAUGGCUGCGUGGAAAGUGGUGUACCCGUUCAUUGAUGAAAAGACCAGGAAGAAGUUUGUGUUCGUUGCCAAUAGAGACCUCGAUGCCACACUUAAGGAUGCUAUCGACGAGUCCGAGCUCCUUGAAGAGUAUGGUGGUAAGCUAAAGCUGCAGUGCUAGGACAAUUCACUAUUGUCCAUGGCUAGCGAAUGAGAUCAUUAUCAUGCAUAUGCAAUCAAGAAUGUAGCGAAACGGUGUCGGCGGAGCCUUGGCUCAUUAGCCUAUUGUAACUACUUCUUUCAAAAGAAUUAACUAUAAGUGUGGCAUCCUACAAAACAGCAUCAAAAGCUUUACCCCUUUUCA